UCGAUAGUGCCGCGAAAGGUGGUGUGUGCAGGGUUUUUCGUGAAAAACAGUGAUUUCCCGUGUGCAGCGUGCCCCAAAACUGUGUCAUAAACGUGCACCGAAUCGAGUGUCGCGUGUGCAUUGGCGUUUUCGCACCAGCGUAUGUCGACAAUAGCGCAACCGUACCAACCACCAGUGGCUGACCCCAAUCAAGUGGUCGCGCAACAGAAGCGUCCAGUCUCUAAUAUCGCGGGGUACGUUUAGGAACAUUUAUCCCAGACUUGAAAAAAGAGACGCAACGAUGUGGUCUGAUGAGGAUACAUCCAGUGGUAACAAAUACAACAGAAUGGACGAGGACAACGUGCAGGACAAGGAGCGCUUCGCCAGCCGAGAAAACCACUGCGAAAUCGAACGGCGGAGGCGAAACAAAAUGACUGCCUACAUCACGGAGCUGUCGGAUAUGGUGCCGACGUGCAGUGCCCUGGCGCGAAAGCCGGACAAGUUGACGAUCCUGCGGAUGGCGGUGGCGCACAUGAAGGCAUUAAGAGGAACCGGCAAUACCAAUACGGAUGGGUCGUACAAACCCUCGUUUCUAACCGAUCAGGAGCUGAAGCACCUGAUACUGGAAGCCGCAGAUGGAUUUCUAUUUGUGGCGGGCUGUGAUACGGGACGCAUCAUCUACGUGUCCGACUCGGUGACACCGGUGCUGAACUACUCCCAGAACGAAUGGUACAGCGGGAGCCUGUUCGACCACAUCCACCCGGACGACAUCGAGAAGGUGCGCGAGCAGCUCUCGACCCAGGAACCGGUCAACAGCGGCCGGAUACUGGACCUCAAGACCGGCACCGUCAAGAAGGAAGGCCAUCAGUCAUCGAUGAGAUUAUGUAUGGGUUCGCGGCGGGGGUUCAUCUGCCGGAUGCGGAUCGGUCCGCUCACGCCAGAGUCGAUGGCGCUCGGGCACCUCAAUCGGUUGCGGAGGAAAAAUUCGCUCGGCCCAUCGACGGACGGGCACAGCUACGCCGUCAUGCACUGCACGGGCUACAUCAAGAACUGGCCGCCGACCGAUAUGUUUCCAGGGGUGACCAUCGACCGGGGGCAGGACGACGAGCUGCACAACACGCACUGCUGCCUGGUGGCGAUCGCCCGGCUGCAGAUCACCUCCUCGACCACGGCGAACGAUCUGAACGCGAACAAUCCGAACGAGUUCAUCUCGCGCCACGCCAUGUGCGGCAAGUUUACGUUCGUCGACCAGCGCGUGAUCGGGGUGCUCGGCUACCAGCCGGUCGAUCUGCUCAACAAGAGCUGCUACGAUUUCUUCCAUCCGGACGACAUUGCUCAUAUGAAGGAAAACUUUGACCAAGUGCUUAAGCAAAAGGGUCAGAUGUUCUCGGUGAUGUACCGGUUCCGGGCGAAGAACAAGGAGUGGGUGUGGAUGAGAACGCAGGCGUACGCCUUCCUCAAUCCGUACACGGACGACAUCGAGUACGUGGUGUGUACGAACAGCUCUGCCAAGGCGCUGCAUUCGACGCACGAUACGGUGACGGCACCGGAUCAAACCGAUGCACCCGUCUCGUCCUAUCCGGCACCGGGGCUGGACUACACGCUAUCGAGCAGACGGGAGACGACGGCGUCGAGCAAUAUCUACAAUCCUCACAAUCUGAUUUCACACUUGCCAUCGCAGCCGCAGACAGCCGGGCAGGCGGCCGCCGCUAGCAGUAUUCAACGACCGGACAGCGCGCACAACUCCGUGCAAUAUAGUUACAAUCCUACACCAUCGCCAAUACAGUAUGGUUCACCGGGGACGCCUAGUGGUGGCGCGGCGGGAACGUUAGGGCACCUUUCCAAAACGAACAAUACCUCGCCAACGCCCGCUGCAACCGCGUGGACCUUACGACAGCCGCAACCGGUCACCGAAGGUUACCAAUACAGUGAACUAAGUCCGAACCGGUCACCGACUGGUCCUACCUACACCCAGCUUAACCCAACCGGAUCCCGUCAAACGUCCACCUUUACGCCCGCGUCACAAGCUGGUCCGGGCAUCUGGAGUGGAUGGCCAUCGCACCAUCAUGGAACGGGCCCGGAACCGAUGCAAACCGGCGGCAGCGGUGGAACGACCAACGGCCCCGGUGCACCACACACUUCCGUCGGUCUCGGGCAGGAAAUGUCCACCGAUCACACACAACACAUGCAACAACAGCAGCAACAGCAGCAGCAGCAGCAACAGCAACAUCCAGCCCUUCACGGAGCAGGUGGUGCUGGAGGAACUGGUGGUGGUGGCGCUGGAGGUGGCGGUGGCGGUGGUGGAGGUGGCGGUGGAGCACCACAUCACGUACCACCACAUCCGCAGCAUCCACACGCGCACCAUCCCGUGCAGCAUCCGCAUCAUCCCCAUCACCAUCAUCACCAUCCGGGACAGAUCCAUCCGGGGCACCAUCCGGUCGUGGGCCAGCAUCCGGGGCAGGGUGGACACGAGCUGACCGAUAUGCUCCAGAUGCUCGACCAGAGCGGGACCACCUCGUUCGAGGACCUGAACAUCCACAUGUUCAACACGCCAUUCGAAUGAAACUUGCUCUACUACGGCGGCUACAACAACUACAACAACCACCACCAUCACCACCACCCGUCCCUGGCAGCACCGCAGUCGUACCCUUCCUCUUCGUCCUCCUCGUGCGCUUCCACCGCUUCGACCGGCGGUACCACCACGACGAGCGCCUCCGCCUCCGUCAUGGCAGCGGCAGCGGCUGCGGCAGCGGUGGCGGCCGCGGCGGCCAUAUCAUCAACCACACCACCAUCCUUCUCGUCCACGACGGCGACAAUCGGUGGUGACCCGUUGGCCCUCGCGGCGGAAGGAUUCGGUGUGACGGCAGCGGCCGGCUACGGCAUGAUGGUGCAUGAACAUAUGUAAAUACUAGAACCCCGGGAACCGAGUAAACACUGGAAGGGGGGAGGGAAAGAAUGCUCACACGUUCGAACCCCGUUUUCUCCAAUCACCACAAAUUCAACUUCUCCACCAAAUAGCCAGAGCGCUGUAUAGGAAUGUUUAUUUAAAAACACGAGGGCACCCGAACCGCAGCCGAAACAGUUUGUAAAGUUUGUUUUAGUUUUCCUCCCUUGUAAAUCAGACAAAUUUUUAUACGAGAGCAAAUAAUUUAAUCGGACUGCAUUAUUAUUGUGUGCGAAUCCGCGAUAUAUUUCAUUUCUCCGCAAAACAAGUGCGCCCGCGCCUCCAUUAUUGAAAUUUCUGUUUAGAAUAAGUUUAUUUGGUGUUUCCUCUUUGGUAUUUGCAAAAUCAAACGCAACAGAUUCCUAAUGCAAAGCGAUAAAAGUUGUUGUUAACCACAAUCAGGGGCACCAAAAAGAAAGGGAAACUUUUUCCACACACACAGAAAGACGUCAAAUCGUUCCCAACCGGAAACCUCUUUUCCUUUGCGGUUUCCUAAAUAGAAUGCCUAGUUACUAAAAACAAACCAGGCCCGCCGGAAUGAGAGGAAGCGUAAAUCGCUGUGCUGGCUCAAUGAAACGAGUACCGUUUGCUUUCAUUUCGUACUACCACGUGGAAAUUAAAGAAGCGCCACGUGCGAAACCGACACAGGCUACCGGCCACAGCAAACGGUGUCCAACAAACCGGCGGUCUGGAUGUGAAGACGGCCAGGAAAGAUUUUAGAUAAAUUAUUGAAUGCGACGGAGAGUAAAAUGCAGUUUACAGCACAGCAAAGGGUAUGUGAGUGAGUGAAAAGAGUUAGGAAGAACAUUGUAAACAUAAAACAUAGCAAAAAAUAGUAUCUUUAAGUAUAGCAAUGUCGGACAACGGCGAUGCGAUUUGUACGCAUCGAAAGCAAACACAGAAAAGGGGUGAAAUAUGCUAUGUUGUCGGUUGUAGGCUCUAUAAUCGCGGCACAAUGAUUGGCAGGGUGGAAAGGUGAUCAGUAGAAGAUCAGUAGACACCUAUUCGCAGGCCCCCAACAGCAGCAUUCGUCACCGUGGCCUGUAGACCACGAAAAUUGCGAGUAUGUAGAAAUAGGCAAGAGCGAAGAAAAGAAAACUCUUAAGUAUAAUUUAAAUAAUCUUUUGAACAGUAAUUUAAACUAGCCGUAAGUGACAGUUUAAGAAUGCAACGGAUGCAACGAACGGGAGGGCCAGCACCGAAGGAGACAGAGAGAGAGAGAGAGAAAAGGUGUGUUUUGUGAGAUUGAGAAUGCGGGAUAAUGAAAACCGGAAGCUCUCCAUCACCAAAAACCACACAACGAUUGGGUUAGAUUAAGGCAACCCUUGCUCGCAGGUUAUAUGCCAUGCAUCGAGGGGCUUGUGGUUCAUCACAAUCGAUAGGGAAUAAUUUAUACCCCUCCGACACUCCGUCGACAUCCUCCUUAGGUGUGUUUCGUAUUCGUUUUUAUACAUAUAUAAAACUUGUUAGUUAAUUUUCCUUUUGCGACCCACGAAACACACGGAAGCAAUCAAGGGCGCGCACCGUGCACCCUUUAUCCGAUCCGAUUUUCUUCCGAUAUACAUCCGCUGGCUAUGCACGCGACCACGGCGAGAUAGGUAGAAAGGGGUGGGGUCUGCCCCCUCAAACUGUCUGUCCAGGGGCAGUAAAAUCUCCUAGAAUCAGGAUGAGAGGAUCCUUCGUAAGCAUCACAUGCAGAGAUAAACUUCCAAACCGGACCAAACGCUCCGAUACUCCAUUAGGAUGUUUUAAGCAAUACAUAGGUUCAAUCAUACGCGUUUCCGUUGUUCCGUAUGUUGACUUUCUCCCCCCCGCGCUCCGAAUGCUUCCUUCCACAAGCGCCACAGAGCCACAGGAAUUCCACCGUUUUUUGAGUAGUAUAUUUGUUUUGGCAUUCGGAAGACUCUAGUACGUUAACGUUGGAUAAUUUAUUUCUGAACCGAUGUACGGACGGUGUAGAGUUAACUUCCUACAAUGGAAGUGCAAGCAGUGGAAAUUGUUUAUUUUACUAAAACAAAACCAUGCCCGACCCAGCACACCCCUUCCGGAUGAUUGAUUAUAAUGCACCGCAAGCGGCGUUCGAGCGAAAAAUGUUGCGUCCAGCUUUUAACUCCACGAGAUUGAAAUACAAAGUAAGCAAAACGAAACAUAAAAAAAAAACGUUGUAAUUUCUGCGCAUGUAAAAACAGAUCACUCUCCAAACAGAUAUACAAAAUUUGAGAAGAGCAAAAGAAUACUUUUAUGUAUUUAGCUGUCGCUUAACAAACACGUGCAAACACGUCGCGGCUCACAAAAAACGGUCGGUAAACGGAAAUGGCAGAAAGCAAAAUAUCAAAACUCCUUCACUUGCCUACUUCAUUUUGUAUAAAGCCGAAAUGUAUUGAAAUAGGUUUUAAAGGACGAAGGAGAGAAGCGUGUUAGAGAGAUAGAGAGAUUAGUGCUCGGGAGGAACGGGAGGCAUCGGAACAGUUUUGCCAAUGAAAUCGAGUAUAUUGAAAAAAAGAACACCCCGGCCACAACAAAUCGUGAUGAUUAAAAUGGGAGAAAAGGGGUGAGAGUUAAGAAACAAACGUAAAACAGGCGAAAAGUUUAGCACCGGCGGCGACUGGAGCUCGUUCGCUGGCCAGAAUUGACGGAGACGAUGAACAUAUUGCAGAUGCUUAUGCGUGGAUAUAAAUACAGAUUAUAUAUAUAAAUAAGAGCGAAUGUGUACUUCUUUUUUAAGUAAAUUAACGGCCACGUGUGCCGCCAGUCGGUUGGGGGAGCAGAUCAAGAAAAGAAAGCAAUUUGCGAACAUUAUAGGAAGGGGAGGUGAAGAGAAACAUUUGAAAAGAAAAUCCGUAACGUGGAUGGAGAAACCGAAUGGAAAGCG